AGGUCUCGGGUCCAGCGCAGCGGGGAUUUUUCCUUUUCUCCGCGGCCACGCAGCGCGAUGAGGAGCAGCGCCGAGGCGAAGCCAUGCGCGCCGGGACCGCCUGCCUGCUGCGACUCACCGCGCUCUGCAUCAUCCUCCUCUCCCACGCAGCAGCAGCUUACUUCGGGCUCACGGGCCAGGAGCCCUUGGCUUUUUUGUCCAGCCCGUACAGCAGCGAGACCGCAGGUGGAAAAGUGCACGUAAAACACUGCGAGCAGAUGACGCUAACGCGGCGUCAGAAGCGCGCGUGCCGCCGCGAGCCGGGCCUGGCGGAGACGCUGCGGGAGUCGGUGCGCCUCAGCCUGAUGGAGUGCCGUUACCAGUUCCGCAAUGAGCGCUGGAACUGCAGCACGGACGGCCGGGGAAGCCUCCUGAAGCGAGCUUUCAAGGAGACGGCCUUCCUCCUGGCCGUGUCCUCAGCAGCUCUGUCACACACUCUGGCCAAAGCGUGUAGUUCGGGCCGUAUGGAGCGCUGCACAUGUGACGACACUCCGGGUCUGCAACAGCGUGAAGCGUGGCAGUGGGGAGUGUGUGGAGACAAUCUGAAGUACAGCACCAGGUUCCUCAAGAAGUUCCUGGGCCAGAAACGGGUUAGCAAGGACCUGCGGGCUCAGGUCGAUGCACAUAAUAUAAACGCCGGCAUCAGGGCUGUAAAGAACGGGCUGGUGACGACCUGCAAGUGUCACGGCGUCUCCGGCUCAUGUGCAGUGCGCACGUGUUGGAAGCAGCUUUCGCCGUUUUAUGUGACUGGCCAGCUGCUGAAGUAUCGCUAUGACACGUCCGUGCGUGUCCUCAGCGUCACCAAUGCAGCUACCGGCGACACCGAGCUGGCCGGGCCGGCACGCCGAGGUGACACGGCUCCCCGGCCACACCCCUCCGAGCUGGUGUUCUUAGAAGAGUCGCCUAGCUUCUGCCGGCCUUCUCGGUACUCGGCCGGUACAGCCGGUCGCUCCUGCGCCAAGGACACAAGCUGCAGCAGCCUUUGCUGUGGACGCGGCUACAACACAGCGCUACGCCUCGUCACACUGUCCUGCAACUGCCAGGUACGGUGGUGUUGCCACGUCGAGUGCCAGACCUGUGUCCGCGAAGAAGAGGCAUACACAUGCAAGAAGCACUGAGAGAAACAGAAAGAGAGCAAAGCAAAAAGGAGCUCCAACUGACUCCACUGGCGCAACAUUUCUCCAGUUCUGGCCUCUCAGACAAGUGUGGGCAAAGAUGGACAAGACACGCCCCCCCCCCACCCCCCCACCCCCAAGGCAUGGCUGUCCAAAAUAGGACUUGUGCUCCUGCUGUCAUGGAAGAAAAGGGGACGUUGUGGGAAUUCCAUGAUUCUCACCCGCUGAGGUUGCUUCAAGCAAGAAAAAAAAAAAGCCACUGAUAGAGGUCUUAACAGGACUGAUCUCCUCCUCUCUGAAUGCACUGCAGUUAAAUGAGGGUUUUCUGGUUUUCACGGGUAGGUGCCAUGAAUCAUUUUGCGGGACUCAACUUAGAGGUGCUGGAGCGGAUCUGGAAGAUAUGCGAGACAGCUGAUCCACCCAGUCAUGUACCUGUCUAUCUGUAUGUCAGUCUGUCUGCCUGUCUGCCUUCCUGCCUGUGUUUAAAACAAAAACCUAAGGGUCGAAUAUGCUGAUAUUAUGAAGCACUUAAAUUCGUCAUGUGAUUAUUGUCUCACUCGUAUGUUUUGACAGGAAGAAAAUGGAUCUGAAUGCUAAUUAAAAUGCAAGGUAAAGUUAUCAGAAGUACUGGAAGCCGGAAAGCCGAUAGAAUUAUGCGACAUGUUAUAAAAAAAAUCAUAUCGUGAAUCAACAAUUGUAAAAAACCCAUCAUUGUACAUUACUCUCGUUGUAAUUAAGUGCUCAGAGAUCCUAUAUAUAAUAAGCCACCUGACACACAAGAGAGCACUCGAGUACGUUAAUAACGUGUGAUCAAGAUUUCCACCAGCUGCGUAAAAUUUGUGAAACAUCUGCUCACUUAUUGUAGUGUCUUUAUACUAGACGUUGCCAUCAAGGACAAAUGAGGACCUCAUUCCCAGAACAAAGAUCACCCCCAUCACAUUCCCUACAUAAAGCCUACUUCGGCAUCAUCUGAGGCUCUUUCAUGUCUGCGAAGUCUUUGAAAAGGCUCGUUCCACCCGCCUGUUAUUUUCUCUAUUACCAAUCAGAGAAAAUAACAGCUGUUAAUCUCUCGAAAGCCCUGCGUUUCUGUUGGUCUAAAGGUCACACGCGGACCGCACAGCACGUCUUAGUCACGUAGCCUUAAUGGCUUUAAUGUUUGUUGUGUUUUAUGUUACUUUGAAAAUCUCCAAAUAUUAUGCGGAUCCUUAGUGGAAGUGGCAGUGCACGAGACUGGGCGUUCAGUGAGUUUUACUACUUAUGAGCAUACUGUAUGACAGAAAUUCAUGUGCACUUACGCGCAGUUAAAUAUUAUCAAACUGAAAGCUGGAACCUGUGAGAGAAAACGUGCCUACUUGUGCAAUAUGUGUAUGUGUGUGUGUGUGUGUGUGUGCACAGGAAGAGAACUUCAGUCAAAUUGGCCACAUCAAUCAAGCUGAGGAAGAUCCAAGUUUCUAGUGUCAUGGUUAGUGAACUGCGGGUUGUAAAAAGCGUACAAGAGGUGUAGAAGGUCUUCACAUUUCAGUUUCAGUAAGGGAUUUGUAAUGUGGUUUAAACCUUAAAUCGUCCGAAGACGUUAAAGUCAUUUAAUGAAUUAAUUUAAACAAACAAAAAAAAACGGCUGUGUGCAUUAUAGAAACGAUUGUUCUCUGAUACUUAUCAUGUAUUUCUCAUGCGUCUUGUAUUCUCCACAAUCAUACCGAACCCAAACCCAAAAGGAUAAGAAAAAGCAGCAAGACGUUUCAUCUUAACGGUAUUUUCUGUAAUAUUUUACCUAAGAGAGCCGGGUCGAGCGUCUUUGAGGAUAUCUUUAAGAGAGAUUAUGUCGAAAUGGAGUGGAAGGGAUACACCCAUUGAUGCAAAUUUCUCUAAACCAUUGCGGAAGCCGAGGAAAGACAAAUCCAAUGGCUCCCUUAUCCAUGUGCAUGUGUGUGUGUGUGUAUGUGUGUGUGUGUGUGUUGAAAUGUAAAAUGCAUACAGUGUUUAUAUACUCAUUCGUUAAGGAGCUGUAGGUUUGUGUUCGUAUGGGUUUAGCAGUAUCAUGUUUUUCUUUGCAUAAGGCACACUUUCUCCUGGG